GAAAGGGUCGAGGUCGAGGUCGCGCUUAUGCACCUAAUCAUGGUCGUUACUAUAAUGCACAAGUAACUGUUAGUCAAUAUAAUUAUCAACCUAAUUAUCAAAGUGGAUGGCGAUGUGAACCUUGCGCAAAGAGCUUCGCUCACGAAGCUCAAUUAAAAUAUCAUAUGAACCUACACAGAAAGUGCGAUCAUUGUGAAUUUUCAGCAAUGACAAAUAUUUUAAAAACGCACUUAUCGGAAGUUCACAAAGUAGGAAGUAAUCCUAAGAAGUCUGAUGAAUCGAGCCUUAAAGCAGUAAUGGAUUUCCAUCUUGAUACUCCUGAAGCAAUUGCAAAGUGGAUUGAGCAGCGAAAGAAUAACUACCCAACAGAUGCCAAUAUAGAACGCAAAAAAAAAUUAGAAGCUGCUAGGAUAGCUCGUGGCAAAGUUCUUAAGUCGCAGGCUCAGAAGAAGCGGCUUUUAUAUAAUGCUAAUGGAAAAAAUGAUGAUGUAGCAAUUAAAAAGAGACGAUUGGAGUUUGGAGGGCGAAAUAUAAAGAUCGGUGAUUAUAAUGAAGAUGCCGGUCCAUGUGGAAUAACCGAUUUGUUAAUUGCAGCAGCAGCCGCCGCCGUCUCUGUGCCUUUAGGCACUGAUCAGACCAAAGCUGUUCAAUUUUUACGAUCUACACAAUCUGGAAACCAGAAUUAUAAAAAACGGAAUUUUUCUGAAACGGUUUCUAAUUCGACGGGUUCAAGAAAAGAUCAAAUAAAUGGAAGGUUAUACAGACAAAUCUGUAUUAAAUACAGACAAGGCCAUUGUCCAAGGGGUAAAAACUGCACAAACAAACAUGCAGGAAAGAUGAUUUGUCCUCCGACCCAACGCCCUCCCGAUAAUACCAGAUGUAGGCAAAGAAAUCUUCGAGACCUUCUUUUAUACAAAGAAUUGGUAGAGGAAAAGAACGUGAUUUUACAAUGCAUUAGACAUAUAGCAAACAAAAAUUUUUUCGGGGUGGUUACCAAUAAAGCGAUAAGAGAUGCCAAAAUGCGAGGUGAAGCGCUUGUCGUUGAAGUUGACGGUAAUCAAGCUCCCGUAUCAACUCCUGGCAAGACAAAGAAAAGCAAAACAUCUGAUCAAGCAAUGGUCACUAAAUCAAACCGGUUAAAAAAAGGAAGCAAAUAA